AGCGCUACGCAGCAAAGCUCAGGAUGGCUUCAUGGAGUACGUCAGAUUCUGAAGAUGCUUGCGAGGGGUGGAGCCUGAGCGAGGAGUCGGUCGACGGCCUCAGCUCGCUCUCCCCGGAUGACGAGGCUCAGGAUAACAUGGAGUCGGGCAAGAUGGCGCCUCCUCCCAAGAACGCUCCGAGAGAUGCUUUGGUGAUGGCGCAGAUCCUGAAGGAUAUGGGAAUCACAGAGUAUGAACCGCGGGUCAUAAAUCAAAUGUUGGAGUUUGCCUUCCGCUACGUGACUACAAUUCUGGAUGAUGCAAAAAUUUAUUCAAGCCAUGCUAAGAAGCCUAAUGUUGAUGCAGAUGACGUGCGACUGGCCAUCCAGUGCCGUGCCGACCAGUCUUUUACCUCUCCUCCACCAAGAGAUUUUUUACUAGAUAUUGCAAGACAGAAAAAUCAAACCCCCUUGCCACUCAUUAAGCCAUAUGCAGGACCCAGACUGCCACCUGACAGAUACUGCUUAACAGCUCCAAACUACAGGCUGAAAUCCUUCAUCAAAAAGGGACCUAACCAAGGAAGACUAAUUCCUCGCUUAAAUGUUGGUGCUGUCAAUAACAGACCUACCACUCCUACUCUAGCUACAGCAACCCCACAAACAGCGCCUGUUCCAAAUAAAGUUGCAACUCCAGGAUCAGUGACAAGCCAAAGAUUCACGGUGCAAAUUCCACCUUCUCAGUCUACACCUGUCAAACCAGUUACUCCAACAACUUCUGUUCCAAAUGUUCUGAUUAAUCCUUCAAUGAUUGGGCCGAAAAAUAUUCUUAUUACUACCAACAUGGUUUCAUCACAGAAUACUACCAACGAGUCAAACCCAUUGAAGAGAAAACAUGAAGAUGAUGAGGACGACAAUGAUACCAUGUGAAUAGUCUAGAUGCAUUCCCAAAGUGAAAUUGUUUUUGAGCCUAGAAUACUGAACUAGAACAUUCUGUAUCUUAAAUUUUGUCUUAGAAGAAAUGUAGCUGCAAUAUUUUUCAUAUUAGUUAAAACUGUUGGAUUUCUUUAAUAAGAAUAUGAUUCUUACUAGGCUUUCAAGUACUUGUUUCUUAAUAAUUUUAUUAACAUUGAGGCCUACCAUGGCAUUUUGAGAAAUCAGAUUUUUACCACGUGUCACUGACAAUCUGCCUAAUCUUUAACAGCUUAAUUUCUAACCUGCAUUUAAAUAUUGCCUUCUUUUGUAAGAUAAAAGUCACUUUUAUUGUUACUAACUUUUCUGACCAAAUUUCUCAAGAAACAUUUUUGGGUGGGACAGAUUUAGGAUUAUAAAUCCAUUUUGAUUAUAUUUUAACUUGCUUCUUGGUUCUAGCUUUCCACCUCAAUUCCCUUACGAGAUCCCAUCCAUUUUUUGUACCCUUACCCUAUAGGUUUUAAGUUUCUUCCUGUUGCUCUUAAAUUCAAAAGGCCAUAAGUGGAAUUUUUAAAAUACCAUUCUUGGUAAUGCAACUGUCAUUUUCAUAUUUUGAAAAUAUGUUCUACAUGCCUCCUGGUCUGUGGUUCAACUUUAACCUGAAGCUUUGCAUUUGCUUUCUGUUUCUGAAUCCAAAGCAGAGCAGUUGAACUUCGACCCUUGCAUUUUAUGCUUGUUAAGCUUUAUUCUGCUUUGACAGGUAGUUCUAGGUCAGUUACGUUUGUUCCAGGGUUCUAUUCCAAGUUGA